UGCACCAAAAUUCAAAAGUUUCUAUUUCUAAAUUAUGGAAUAGUACUUUAUUUUACUAAAAAAAUGGAUAAUGUACUACUAAAAUAAUGGAUAAUGUAUCCCUAAAAAGAAUCGAAUGCAAAAGAGAAAUGUGCCCAAAAAAGAGAAGAAAUUUGAUGGAAAAGCGUUUGGGUGGACAGAAGAUCCCAACGUCGUCAUCUCAUUCAAUUCAUUAACACAAUCCUUCAACUCCACACACACACACACCGAAAAUCGAAUCCAACGAUGUUACUUGCAACGACGCCGUUUGCCAAUGGGAGCCUCCCCUUCUCAGCACGCCGAUCAUCUUCCGCUAAUUCUCAUUCCUCUACUGCUUUCGAGUGGGAACUGCAAAGAAAGCAAAAUGAGGGAUUGUUUCCUCGAAGAAUAACGGGGCAAGCUAUCCGUGUCUUGGCAAAUCCAAAUGUAUGCACCACACCAGGCUUUUGCAUUUUUGGUUUGAAUUUGCUCUAAGAUGUUUUGAGGCAUCUUCAGAGAAAGGAAAAUCUAAAAAAAGAAGUAAUAAUGGUCGAUCCUUCAGAAGCAAAGAGAUUAGCAGCCAAACAGAUGGAACUAAUCAAAGCAAAAGAAGAAUUCAAAUACUGCUUUCACAGAGAAGGCGACAAAUUGAAGCUAUUAAUGGUGCAUGGGCAAUGAUUGGUCUUACGGUAGGAUUAGUCAUCGAAGGUCAGACGGGGAAAAGCAUUCUAGCUCAGUUAGCCGGAUACUGGGACGCUAUCGUUGGGUUCAUUGUCAGAUAGGUUUCAGUAACAAGAUUUUUUUUACUGCUGAUACAUUACCCUCGUGGAUCGUUUCAUUGGAAUUAUGCAGAUUUAUACACCAAGCUUUUCUGCUCCCACUUUUUAUAGUUGCUCUGAAUUAGAUGAAAUGAUUGUUUCAGAUCCUUGAAGAGUUGAUAAAUUCUGGAAAUGGAUGCAAACUUUUGAGAAAAGAUUGAAUAAAUCUUUUUGUUGUUUUGAGUUAAAA